UGUGCAGAUAAUGAUAUCUCCAGUUCCGUCAUACGACGACGAUCUCCUGAAUAGCGCCUACGCAAACAUUAGACUGUUCGCCGACGAGACCUGGAGCUACGACCGCGAGGAUCCCUAUCGCAAACUGAAUCGUUCCCUCUGGAUCAAGGUGAGACGAGUGUGCCUUCGAAUAUCUACCUCUUCGAACGAUAGUUGCGAAGUAACCGCGAAGUACGAGGAAAAUGGUGAUUACCGUCCGAGACUCGUCCGAGAUGUCAUCUCUGAAUCGCGUUUGGCGAAGUACGGUAAUUACGAGUACGACGAGCGGCGCGAGAGAAUGUACAGGCCGGACGACGGUAAAUCGUCGGGCGGGCUACGGCACUUCCGUCCAGCGGAGGCUACGGAACCAUGGAUGCUCCCUGAAGUUCAAGAACACUUCGCCCGGUGGUUAAUCUCGCCGAGCUGCACGCGAGCGCAUCGGGAACCCCGGAAAAUUCGACUCGCUCGUCCUACCUCUCGCCGCGUGUGUCUCGCAGUCGCAGAACCGCGCGAGAAAUCCACCAGGACGUUCGCCCAUCGUCGAUACACCGUCGAGACCGCCGCGGAGAUGCAGCUGCGGUCGCGCAUCGAGAGCGACGCAGUGCGCGACAUUUGGAAUCCCGAAAGGUCCCAGCGGCGCCAGCAAUCCCAGCAACAGGCACAGCAAUCGCAAGCGACCCGGCAGACACCGGGCGUGCCGCGACCCGUCGCCGCUGCCCAUCAGCACCACCACCAGCAAUUCUACUGCGCCUUGCAGUGCCAGCCGUUGAUCCUGAAGACGGAAUACCAGAGACGAGCGUUGCAACCGCCGGCGGCGAUGCUGAGCGCCGAAGUGCCGGAAUUCUUCCCGAAAUCGAGCCCGAUUACCUACCCGAGCGGCGAUCAGGAAUGCGGCAAGGCACCUUGCCAGAUGCGCUACUUCCCGUCGUUGAACGACAGGAAUUAUCAGGGCGAGCUGUUCCCCUACAACCGGCCGCAGCAGGAAACCACGGCCAUGUUUCCGAAUCCGAGGAUAUCCGUGUUGCCGGCGGCGGAGACGAGCAUCUACCGGACGCCUCAGGAGUGGAUCCAGAGGAUUGUCCCGCCGAUGCAGGCAGCGGCGGCAGCGUCGUCCACGUCGCCGGUCUACAUGUCGCUGCAGCCGAUCCACGACGUCGCGAUCGCCCAUCGUCCCUUUCAGGUGCUUCUUCUUCCAGGAAAACCGGGCGAGUCGCGGGUGACCUUUCUCUCUCCUCCUCCGACGUUCGCGCAAAUGACACGUCGCGACUUGCAGACGUACGAGAGAUUUCUGCCGUGCGUCCAGCAUCAGCCGAGUCCGACGGCGAUACCGGUGUACCAGCGACCUAGUGAGCUUUACCAAGAGCCGACGUCGAAGCGGAAGAGCCACGGGGUCGACUUCAACAACCUCAUCCUGCUGACAAAGAACAGCUCGAAGACGCGACGCGGGCACGCGAAGGGAGGCGCCCAGCAACCCCUCCCGCCGGAACCCGCGCAGAAGGACCCGAGACCCGGCACGGGGCAGUGGCUCGACAAGGAUUGCACGAGGAAGACGAAAGGCGUCGUGACCGUGAACGCGUUGGUAUCCGAAUUACGCAGCUUUGAGGAGAAGUACGAGCACGGUCGAGCCGGCACCAGUUGGGCGACCGACUCGCCACCACGGCACAGGUCGUGUCCCGAGGGCACGAGGUCGAAGGACGGGGUCUUCGGGAAGGAAGGACCGCGAUGCAGACUCGUGGACGGCGAAGAAAGGGACAGGAGGACGAAGCGACCGCUCUAUAGGGACGUCUUGGCGAACGCCACCGCCGGCCAACAAGGAGUGCUCCUGGAGAACGUCUUCGAGAGGAGGUACGACGAGCUCGAGCAGCAGGCGAUGGAGCAGUAUAGGAACUCGGAGGAGUCGUUGGCGCUCAAAUACCAGGAACUGGAACGUCAGGCGAUGGAGCAGUACAGAAACAGCAACGCAGCGGACGAGAAGCGGACCGAUCCGGUGUCGCACGGGGACCAAGAUUGCCUCGACGGACGAAAGUGUUCAGGAUAUGGACAGUGCAGUCCUUCGAGGGCAGCUCGAGAGGAGAAAGAUUCGUCGUCGGAUUCUUGCCUCCCGCAGCCGCAAAUCACUCUGCUGAGGCCGAAGGGGAAAUCCCUGCCGAACGUCUUCCAAGGGUUAUCGGGCUGCCUUCCAAGGCAGACCGCCGUCGGCUCGAGGAGCCUGUCCACGUUGACCGACAGAUCAUCGAAGGAAUCGAAAAACAUAUCCAAGGGUGCAUCAGGAGAUAAGAUCGACACGAUUUCAGUGCGGACAUCGUCGAAGCGGCGUCUGAUACUGGUGUCACCCUUCGAGCGCAAAUCAGAGGCCCGACUGGUGAGGAUGACGGAGCUGCGGGAGAUCCGCUCGCGAGCGAGGGGGGACGUCCUCGACUGUUGUCGGUCCCCCGAAGUCGCAUCGAACGGCAGCGGCGACGAGAACAUAACGAUCAUACAAUCGCCCGGCACGGAAGUUUGGCUGUCCGGGUUCUGGACCACCUGAGGGAAAGUGCGGGUGUCCUCGUAGAGAACACUCGUGGAUUUUCCGUGCCGGAGUGGGCGUGUCACUCACGGAGGCGCGAUGACACGUGGGGAAUCGGACGAGCUGCCACACACGUGCGAUGUGAUCGCGCGAAAUCACGAGACACCACGGCUACUCAGG